AUGGACGAGACGAGCCCACUCGUGUCCCCCGAGCGGGCGCAACCUCCGGACUAUACCUUCCCGUCCGGCUCGAGCGCUCACUUUCCGCAGGUGCCGGGGGGCGCGGUCCGCGUUGCGGCGGCGGCCGGCCCGGUCCCCUCUCCGCCGGGCUCGCCAGGCCACGACCGGGAGCGGCAGCCUCUGCUGGAUCGGGCCCGGGGCGCGGCGGCCCAGGGUCAAACCCAAACCGUGGCGGCGCAGGCCCAAGCCCUGGCGGCCCAGGCCGCGGCGGCGGCGCACGCCGCGCAGGCCCACCGCGAGCGGAACGAGUUUCCGGAGGACCCGGAGUUCGAGGCGGUGGUGCGGCAGGCCGAGUUGGCCAUCGAGCGUGGCAUCUUCCCCGAGCGCAUCUAUCAGGGUUCCAGCGGAAGCUACUUCGUCAAGGACCCUCAGGGGAAGAUCAUCGCAGUUUUCAAACCCAAGAAUGAAGAGCCGUAUGGGCAACUUAAUCCCAAGUGGACCAAGUGGCUGCAAAAGCUGUGCUGCCCCUGCUGCUUUGGCCGCGACUGCCUUGUCCUCAACCAGGGCUACCUCUCAGAGGCGGGGGCCAGCCUGGUGGACCAAAAGCUGGAACUCAACAUCGUGCCCCGCACAAAGGCCAUGUACCUGGCCAGUGAGACCUUCAACUAUAGUGCCAUUGACCGAGUGAAGUCCAGAGGCAAGCGGCUUGCAUUGGAGAAAGUGCCAAAAGUUGGACAGCGGUUUAACCGCAUUGGGCUACCGCCAAAGGUUGGUUCAUUCCAGCUCUUUGUUGAAAGCUACAAAGAUGCAGACUACUGGCUACGGCGUUUUGAAGCAGAACCCCUUCCUGAGAACACUAACAGGCAGCUGCUCCUGCAGUUUGAGCGGUUGGUGGUACUGGACUACAUCAUCCGCAACACUGAUCGAGGCAAUGACAACUGGCUGAUCAAAUACGAUUGUCCAAUGGAUAGUUCUAACUCUCGGGACACAGACUGGGUGGUGGUGAAGGAGCCUGUUAUCAAGGUGGCCGCCAUAGAUAAUGGGCUGGCUUUCCCUUUGAAGCAUCCUGACUCCUGGAGGGCAUAUCCUUUUUACUGGGCCUGGUUGCCCCAGGCAAAAGUCCAGUUCUCUCAGGAGAUUAAAGAUCUGAUUCUUCCAAAGAUAUCAGACCCUAACUUCGUCAAGGACUUGGAGGAGGAUCUGUAUGAACUCUUCAAGAAGGAUCCUGGUUUCGAUAGGGGCCAGUUCCAUAAGCAGAUUGCUGUCAUGCGGGGGCAGAUCCUAAAUCUGACCCAGGCCCUGAAAGACAACAAGUGUCCCCUGCACCUCGUCCAGAUGCCACCUGUGAUCGUUGAGACGGCCCGUUCCCACCAGCGAUCUUCUAGCGAGUCCUACACACAGAGCUUUCAGAGUCGGAAGCCGUUCUUUUCCUGGUGGUAG